UCUUCAAACCACAAAUUAAGGUAUUGAAAGAAUAAGACUUUCUUCAAGAUAUAGUAGACCUAGCUAGAUAAGAUAUGGGAAGACCUCCUUGUUGUGAUAAAGUUGGUGUAAAGAAAGGUCCAUGGACUCCUGAAGAAGAUAUCAUCUUGGUUUCAUAUAUCCAAGAACAUGGUCCUGGAAAUUGGAGGGCUGUUCCUACCAAUACUGGCUUGCUUCGUUGCAGCAAAAGUUGUAGACUGAGAUGGACAAAUUAUCUUCGCCCCGGGAUUAAAAGGGGAAACUUUACUGAGCAAGAAGAGAAGAUGAUUAUCCACCUUCAAGCUCUUCUGGGUAACAGAUGGGCCGCGAUAGCUUCUUAUCUCCCACAAAGAACUGAUAACGACAUAAAAAAUUACUGGAACACGCACCUGAAAAAGAAGCUGAGGAAGCUUCAAGGCCAUGAUCAAGAAGAUGGGAGUAGUCAAAGCCAAGAUGGGCUCUCACCCAAACCACACCAACCAAGCAUAUCUAAAGGCCAAUGGGAAAGGCGUCUACAAACCGAUAUCCAUACAGCCAAACAAGCUCUAUGCGAGGCUUUGUCCCUUGACAAAUUAACCCCAUUGACAAAUCCAAUGUUACCCGCCCCUUCAACUUCCUCUUUGGCCCUACUUCCGGCGCCUCUGCCACCUCCGGCCACCGCCGUCACUUAUGCUGCAAGUGCUGAAAACAUAGCUAGACUUCUUCCGGGCUGGAUGAACAAAAAAACUUCUGGGAAAUCAUCACAAACAAGUUCAGAGGUUACAACUCAGAAUUCCUUCAACUAUGGACUUGGUUCUAGCCCUAAUAGUAUUGAUCAAUAUUCCUACUUUAGCUUUAACUCAUCUUCAAGCUCUGAUGGAGACGAGACGGCUGCAAAUUUCACAAAUGAUGAUCAGAGCAAGAAUCAUGAUCAGGUUCCUCUUACUUUACUGGAAAAGUGGCUGCUUGAGGAUGGCUUGUUUAAUUGAUCAUGAAGAA